AUGAUUGGUUUUGAGAAUAACUGGUAUUCUAUUCUUGUCAAUGGGCAAUCUCAUGGUUUCUUUCACUCAACUAGAGGGGUCAAGCAAGGAGAUCCUUUAUCUCCAGCUCUAUUUGUUCUAAGUGCUGAAGUGUUGUCUGCAGCAAUGAAUGCAUUAUUUGAAGAAGACAGCUUUAGAGGUUAUGAAAUGCCAAAAUGGAGCUCAAAGUUGAAUCAUUUGGCAUAUGCAGAUGACACAAUAAUAUUUGCCUUUGCAGAUAAGGUGUCAUUACAGAUGAGUAUGAAGAUUUUGAAAGAGUAUGAAGAGUUUUCUGGUCAAAAAUUUAAUACAGAUAAGAGCUCAUUCUUUAUGCAUUCUAAGGUGGCUGAGAGGAGGGAAGAAGUAAACAUUGGGCUGCAUGGGAGAAGAAUUGCUAUCCCAAAAAUAAGGGUGGUCUGGGAUUCAGAUAUUUAUAUGACAUUUCAAAAGCUUUGUUUUGCUAAGCUUUGGUGGAAGCUUAGGACCACUGGUACCUUAUGGUCUAAUUUUAUGUGGAAUAAAUACUGCAAGAGAUUCAGGCCUACAGCGGUACAAUGGAAAGGAGGUUCACACACAUGGAAAAUGAUGCUGCAAGCUAGGGAUGAAAUUGAGCAAAACAUCUGGUGGGAACCUAGGAAUGGAACAUCAUCAAUGUGGUUUGAUAACUGGUCCAAGUUGGGAUCAUUUCAUGAUGUAUUUCCUGCAGAAAAUGACAUAGGACAUGACUUGGAGGAGUUUAUGAUUCAUUAUUCUUGGAAUUUUCCAAAACUUCAAGCAGUUAUUCCUAAUAAUGUGGUUGAAUAUGGGAAACAUGAAUUGGGAUAUUUUGUUAGGUCAGAAAAAGCAGACAAGCCUUCGUGGAAAGUUACAAGUUCAGACAAUUUCACAAGAAUAUGGUUUUGGAAGCUGCCUAUUGAUGAAGUCCUUAUGAGAAUGAGAAUCAACAUUGCAUCAAGGUGUUGGUGCUGUUUAGACCAACAAGAAACUAUGGAUCAUGUAUUUGUUACAGGACCAUUUGCCAAAAGUAUAUGGAGGUACGUUUCAGCUGCAGCAGGUAUUAUAGGAUCUUAUCAUCAGACCAAACAGGCAGUGUUAUUAUGGUGGAAUGCAAACUAUGUCUCAAGAUUGAAACCUGUUUAUCAGGCAAUGCCAGCCUUCAUCAUAUGGCAACUGUGGAAGAGUAGGAACACCAGAAGACAUGGAGGAACAAUAUCAGUGAAUAAAGUCAUACAUGAAGUGAAUUCCUUUAACCUCUAUGCAAAGGCAAGAAGAAUUAUAGAUAGCACAAAUCUUGUAGCAGAGGCAAUAACUUUGAAGGAAGUAUUAAAGUACUGUAUUGCACAAGAUCUGUUAUCUCUUAUUAUGGAAAUAGACUCACUCAUAUGGAGAAAAUUUUGGAUGGAAUAUGGGAGGUGCCUUAGUAUCAUAAUGAUUGUUAGUUCCAUUCAAAUUUGUAUGAAGAACAAGGAUGUGAUGGUGAAACAUGUGCUAAGGGAAGGUACAAUUGAGUAUGAUCACUUCACUGAUAUUCCAUCUCAGGGAAGGAGAUUGCUUAACAUAGAUAGAAGCCAAAUGCCAAACUUCAGAUUCAGAACUGCAUCAAAACUUUGA